CAAAUGGACGAUAAGAGCAGUAUCAAGAUAAUAUCGAAGUACCUGAUUGAUAAAGCAGGGUUUAUUUAUGGGAAGAAGAAGCAGAUUCUUUCUAUUUGUACGGAUAGGGUUAUCAUCCAGAAUACUAAUGCUGACCUUCAUUAUUCUGUUCAGUUGAAUAAACAUCAAAGUAUCCAUUAUGAGAGCUUUAAAGAGAUUAGAGCGAGUGAUAAGAAUGAGACAGAUUUUUCGAUAAUUGCUGAAAAGAAAUAUGAUUUCAGCUGUGAUUACAGAAAUAUAUUAAUUUGUGAGCUUAAGCAUGAAGUUUCUAUGUACUUGGAGAGCUGAGAUUGAGACUUAUUUUAUUGUAAGCUGAUUUACGAUAUGUAUCCAAAUAUUGAGAAUGAAAACAACCUUAAUCCAGCUAAGGUUCGGCAAAAUUUAGCCCAUCCAGCUUCGCAAUCAGCCAGCAUCCAAGUCUACGAAUCUAUUCUCAAAGUGAGAGUCCCUUUGGCAGAAAAUAUUAACGAAAUGAAGAAGACUAGUGGGAAUAUAGAAGAAAUACUUGGCUUGAAAUAUGUGUUCACCAAGGGAAUCAUUAAGCGGUUCAGAGACAAGAUCUUCCCUAGACAUGAUCUUACUAGUACUAAUAGAUCAAGAAGGAAAACAUCGAAUAAGGCUUUGAAAAAGCGGAGCCUACCGAUAUUCCAGAAAAAGAAGGAAGAUGUUUUGUUAGAAGAUAAUUGGAGACUUAAAGCUUUAGAUACUCCAAAUGCGGAGUUCUACUUAAAUUCAAUGGAUUCAGAGGUGACUGAAGAGCAACUUAUAGACACUAAGGAUCUUGAUAUCAUUAUUCCCUCUGAUAUCGCGGAGGAAAGUAGCUGUAAUUUUAGUAAGGAGAAUGAGACAAGGCUGAAAUCUAACCAUACAUAUGGUACAACUGUCAUAAAUAACCAAUUCAACUAUAUUUGAGAGAACGGGCAGGAAUAUGUGCAGAAAUACUCAAGAUACGAAGGAAAAUACGCUGUGAAUUGUAUCUACCUCACUGAAAUCAGGAAGAUUGUUGUCAACCAUAAUGUCCUAAUUAUCCUGAAGGAGAAUUAUGAGGUUAUCAAGUUCAUAAAGGAUGAUAAGAAGAUUAGUGACCUCGUCUCUUUAGCUAACAUAUGAGCUUCUAACGCAUUGGAGAUUCUUAACAAGGAAAUAGAGGUACAUAACGUUGAGACUUUGACAGAGCAAAUCAACCAUGUGAUAAAUCAUUUUAAUGAGAACUCGGUGUUCUCAUCAUUAGUAUACUCAGAUGAAGCUUAUUAUUUUGACUCUUUUAAUAAUAUCAGAAAGGUCCAUAUCAGAAUAGAUAGGGAUAGUUUGCACAUUCUUAAAAAUUCAUGCACUGGGAUCAUCAUCAGCGCUUACUUGAAGGAUCUGAAUUACUGAUAUAUCUAUGAUGUACUCCCGAUUGUUAGAAAUCAUGCAGAGCUGUGCAACAUCAGGUUGAUCUUUAAAUGUGCUACUAAGAAGAUCGAGAUAAGGCUGAAUUAUAGGAAGAGAGAAGAACUUCUUAGUGUCAUUAUCACCUUGAGAAGAAUCACUAAAAAUUACUUGAAUGAAAUGAGAUUUAUUCUCAAUGAUACUCAAUACCUCGAGAAGUACUACAUCCUUAUGCCCUGCAAUAGCAGCAUUGAUGAUUAUGAUGCUUACAUGGUUAAAGAGUUUGAGAAUGUUGCAGAAGUUGACAAUAUUUUUGAUCCAAGACUUUUUGAAAUUUUGGAUGAGGCUAUAAUGAAUUGCAAAUUUACAAAUACUUCGAAGGUAUCUAGCAAACUUUUGGAUAUUCUUUCAGGCCUCCUUCCAUAUAUAUUCACUCAGAUGGUUAACAAGUUCCAAGAAGAUCAAGAAAGGUGUCAAGUAAUCUUAGAAUUGGAAGACACUCAGCAAAAGAGAGAAGUCUGUACAAAAGCAAAGAAUAUGAGCAAUGUCGAUGGGUAUCUCUAUUUCAAGAUUUUAUACUCUAAAAUGCUCAAUUUCUGUCGUCUUCUAGCCAAUUCCAAGGCAUAUUUUAGAGAAUUUUGAAAUCAAGAGAACCUCAUUCUUGUCAUUAUGAACUCAUUGAAUUUUGAGGACACUUAUAUCUCUUGUCAAGCAGCUCAGUUUUUAUCGUCUUUGGUGAUGAGAACUGGUCCAGGAAAUGCAAAGCUUGAGAGAGCAAACAAGCAAAGAAUCUUGAACCCUAAGCUAGACUUGGUUGGCCACUUAAAGGAGUUCUUUAAAAGCUGUGAUAAGACAGCAUCUCUUCAUCCUGAGAAGUUAAAACUUUUGGAGAUAAACGGAGCUUUUUUGAUUUUAAUGCUGCUUAUCAAGGACACAAGCUCCACUGGCUCAUCUUACGACUCGCAUGAGUACGAUAAGUACAUCGCAGAUGCAAUCAUGGGUGACGAUAAAUCCCUAUUCCAUUCUUUAGAUAGAUUGGCUCUAAAGGGAAACUUUUCAGUGUCAUUCGGAGCUACGAUGCUGAUCAACAGAGCCUUGGCUUAUUACCAACAGUCUAAUAACGAGGAAGAUCGUAAAAAGGAGGAGCACUGUAAGGACUAUAUUCUGAACUACUCAGUGCAGUUUAUCUGGAACAUUUACUUAUUAAUGUCAUGUAAAUUUGAAGAGCAGAACAAAGAGUCUCUAUCUUUGUUAAGCAACAUUCUAUACAAAAAUAAACAGGCAGUUAAGCUCAUCAUGAAAAUGUUCGAUAAAUCAAUGUUCUACAAAGUUGAAGGAGCUGACGAACUUUUUCAAAGAUAUUCCUGGACUGAAAGAGAGUGGAAGGCCUUCUUUGAGAACCUGGGUAAUAACUACAAUACAGCUACUGAGCAGUGGAACAAGCAUACACGGAAAGAGCUGAUGGAUAAGAUUCUACUGGAGAUUGAUGGCUAUCUUUCAACUCAAAGAGACCUCAAGGAGGCUGCGAAAUUGAAUAAGAUGGUACAUCCUAGUCUGGAUUAUGACAAGGACAAGAAUAUCAUCAUUACUACAGACCACUUCAGAUGGAAUAAUGAUGAAUUUGAGAUUACUUAUAAGAAAUCGUUAAGGAGUUACUAUAAAGUUGGCAAGUAUUACCUCUCAGUGCUUCUGAAUGAGAAACCUGUGGUACCUUAUCUUAUUGAAGUGAUCACCUCUCCAAUCGUCUUCUGGAGCCAGCUCAACGAGAGAUUUAUAUGAUGUGAAAAUUUGGAUGAAAAAAUUAUUAUCAUCAAAGUAUUGAUUAAUCUGUAUCAGAAGCAUUACCAAAUGAUAAAGGAGUUGAACACUAUGACAUUCUGGGUAAAGCAACUUACGAAAGCAUCAGCUUUCCAGUUGCACUUUUGGAUUCUCCAACUAAUCUAUGUGUCACUGAGCAUCCCUUUAAAUGAGUACUCUAGAGCCAAUUAUAAGUCUUUCAAAAAGGCAAAUGGAAUGACUGCAAUUUUUGGAGUGCUCAAUUCUACAUUCAAAGAAUUUGAAAUCGAGCCUGAACUGAACUCUAGCGAAGAAGGAUCUGAAAUAUAUGAUGUUAAGAUGGCAAAUUACACUGGAAAGCUAGAGAAUUUGACAUUCUUUGAGAGAAACUCAAUUCAUAUUUCUAAAGGGAUUUUGGUUGUUAAUAUUGUUAAUUAUCUCAUGGAAAUGAUCAAGUUUGAUAAUUAUGUUCCUCUACCAGCAUUCAUUAACUAUAUUUUCAAAAAGAGAUCUAUAAACGUUCUAAUCAUGUUGCUAUUUAUUGAAAAUGUUGAUUUGUCAAAAACUGUGCUUAAUCUGUUUAUUGAACACUUCCACACCCCUUUCGCAUUGAAGAACUUGUAUGAUAAUGGAAUAAUCGAAGGGCUGGUUUUAAAUUUGCCUACUAAGAACUCUCGAAGAGCUUUGACACUUCUAAGUAGGAUCUCUGCUGCAUUUCCGAAUUAUAAUGAAGAACUCGAUUAUCAGACUCAAACUUCAGAAGAGGAAAAGUCAACACUUGAUUUAUGAGACCUUGAGAUUCAAGAAAAAGUAAAGAAUUCGGUUUUAUUCAGAUUUAUUCACUCCACUUUGGUGGAUAUGUACGAAAGCCAGGACACUAAGACCUUUUCCAAUCUUUUUAAGCACGAGAAGAUUGAGAAUGAGUACAUAAUCUGGAACGAGGACUGCAGGUUGCAUUUGCUAAAUACCUUGCAAGCCCACUUCAAGCCAAACUUGGAUGAGCUGCUUGCCUUCCUCCAGAAAGGGUUUGGAUUCUAUAAGAUUCCAGGAAAUCUUCCUAUGUAUUUGAACAGGUUUAGGGAGAAAGUAUGUUACAAGUCUUUGGAUAAUGAGCUCAAAAUCAAGAAAUUUUAUGCAAGGAUGUGGGUCAGGAAUGCCUCCUCCAUACCCAUGACUAAGGAUAAGCUACAUGAGUUUUAUGAAGAGGUCAUGGUGCUGAUUAAGAAGUACACAGAUUAUGAAUUUUUGAGUGAGAAAAAGGAGAACCUCAAGCAAGGGAUGAAGAAUAUUGUUAUCUGUCUCCAGGUUAUAAUGAAAACUAAUGAUGCUUUCGACUUCAGACAGGUUCUAGAAGUAAAAUUUAUUGAUACUAUUAUUGAAAUUGAGAGUAAAAAUCCUCAUAAUCCUUAUGUUUGGGUUGUUAUUGGAACUUUCUUUGAGAUGAUUAGAAAAUCACUGAAGUGGAAGGAUCUUUAUACAGUGCAGGCUAGCUAUCUUGUGUGCAAACUUGAAGAUAUCACUUGUCUUAUUAAAGAACGAAUCAAAGCCUAUGGAUUCUACUUGCCAUUAGCAGAGACAUUAAGCGAGGUGGUCAACACAGCAAAACUAGUAAUCUCAAAUUACCCAGAUUGAAUAGUUGAGACAAUUGAAUGUUGAAACUUAAUCUCUUCAAUCUCAACUGUUUACUCUGAGUUAGAUAUGUUGUACCAAAAUUUAUUCAUGAUGAAAUUUGAGAACUCUGAAUCCCCAAUCAUAUCAAAGGAUAUUAGAUCUUCAAAUACAGCAAGAUUCACAGAUGGAUCACAGGUCCAAAGAAUCUCUCAGUAUGUUUCUCAAUUCAGAGAGAGUCCGAGUUUGCCUAAAAUCAAGAUUGGGACACGUAAAUAUUCGAGAUCUGAGUCUAUGAAUUAUUGUCCAAGGAAAAAGAAACUAGGAUCUAAAUCUAAGAGUUCUCAUGACCUGAUUAAAGGGAGAAGCACAAUUACAAAUAUAGUCUUUUCAAAGAACCCUGCUAUUAAUUACAAUUCCCGCCCUUUGAUGGAUAUUGUGGUAAAGCAAGAGGACCCAUUUGCUGGAUAUAUCAUUCUACAUAGCUUUAAAUUCCUUGGGGUGUUGAUCCAGGAAAUUUGCACACAGACUAAGCUUCACAAACAAUUUGUGACUUCUGGACUUUUAUGGAAAAUAUUCCUAACUCUUUUGAAUGACUUUAGCAUGAGCUCAUUGAAAGCAAUCAUUGAUCCUACUAAAGUUGAGACAAUAUUCACUAAAUCUUUGAGACUAUUCUUUUCUCAUUGAAAUUAUCUUAAAGAGCAACCAAGCAGCGCUGAAGAGUCUAAAGAUCAUGAUACAGAUGAACUAGAGGAUGAAAAAGCCUUGAUUCAAUAUUACGAAGCCUGACUCUCGUUAAUAGGCCCAUAUAUGAUGGCAGAACUAACCUCUGAAGUCCAGUUCAUUCACAUGGGAAUUAUUGGCAUUGACGAUAAAGAUGACGGCUCUCUCAAAUUCUUGGAGUUAUACCAUUCUAUAAACAUUAGCACUCCUUACUUGAUCUGGAAUGAUAAUCACAAGUGAAUCUUGAAAGAUAUACUAGAAAAGGAGGUUAAAAAGACACAGAGCAAGAAGGAUUACUGGGUUGAUAACCCUUAUAAAGAUUUCAGCUACCUUGCUCAAGACCAAGGCUUGGUUGUAGACGGGAUUUACAUUAAGCAGCUUAAUAAGGAUCUUGAGUUUACUGUCAAAGACCCUUCAAGAUUUAUAGAGAAAUCUAUUUCUAAACUUUAUGAAGUACAGAAUGAUGACCAGCUUUGCUUUGAUAUUUUACUUGCUAUAAGAAAUAUUAUUUCCUCUCAAAUGGUCCAGACCUUGAAACAAAAGGUGAAAAAUAAAUUUAUUGAGUUAGUUCCAAUACUUAUAUCGAAAAGACCUGAGGAAACUUUAAAGAAGAGUAAAGAACUGAAGAUUGCCAGUAUUCUAAUGGAAAUUCUUAGUCAUAUUCUUCGGAAAUUUGAUAGUGUUGAUGAUUUUACCCAACCAGAAGGCAUCUGCCAAAUUCUCUAUGGCAUCCUAUGAGAUCAAACUGAUCAAAAGAUGACUGAAAGUGUCCGGAUGUGCUUACAAGCAAUCACAAAUAAUCACUUAUUCAGUGUCGAGGAACAUCUGUGGAAGACAGGAAUUUUAGGUCUCUUCCUCAAAUCUAUUUUCCAUACAAAUAAUUUCAGAUACAAAGUGAUGAUAGCUAGUUUCUUCCUACAGAAUAUGAACGAUGAGAUAAUCCAAUACGGGAGAAAACUGAUGGACGCACUCCUGCCUCUUGACUUCCACGAUGCUAGAAGAAAAGAAGAAGUUAAAGAUGAUGGAGAUCUGAGUCCAAGAAGAAACACCAACCGAAACUCAAGUUACAUUAAUUUCCAUGGAAUGGAAUUUGAUGAGAAGUCUUCUUCCAAGGUUAAGAAAGCUGAGGAUAUUAUUGAGGAGGAAGUGGCUAGGCUUGAUCAAGAAUAUACUGAAAGUCUUAGAGUUGUGUGGGAUUCAACCAACACUAAGACUAUUAAAGAGCUUAUCAUGCCUAUCAAAUUUGAAAAUUCUUUGCAAGACCCUUCAAUUUUAGAAAAUGCUAUUAAGAAACCUUUUAAGAACCCACUACUUAAAGGAGAACUUAUCUGUGAUGAUAUAAUUUUGAGAGUAUAUAACAAGAAAGCUCCCCAAAUUUUAGAUUGAGACAACAUAUUAUUCCUAAAGAACUUAUUUUCACUUCUCAAGGUUAGAUAUAAUAAAUCAGUGAGGUUGGCUUACAUCAUCGAUAACAAUGGAAUGCCAGAAAACCGUCCUGAGCCAAGAGAGUCUCAAAAGGCUGAUGGAGGUUACAUCACCUACGAUCCGACCUCUGUUGACUUACUUCAGGAGUAUUAUUCUGGAACAAUGGAGAGCUGGCAAAGGGAUCAGUCUCAGAUUUGUCAUGAGAUUACCAUUAUCCUUUCUUCAAUUCUGAUAAAUAUAAACAUGAAUUUAUCUCAAAGAAACAACUAUGAGGAAAUUACAAGGUCUCUUUACACUGAGGAGGAGCUUAUCCUUAUUCUCGAAGGUGAAAUUGAUGGAAAAAUUGACAACUGCUUCAAGAAUUUACACUGCACAUCUAUGAGGUGCACUCUGCUUCAAAUCUUCAUGAUGGUACCACAAGUGAGUCAGAUCCAAGCUCUCGUACAACACUUAAAAAGAUGUAGCAAUUAUCAAGAUCGAAAAUCAGAGAUCCAGCUAACUUUCUCGACUAUUUUGAGGACCAUUCUCGAAGAUGAGAGCAAAAUAGAUGAUUUUAGUGAGGAUGACAUUGACUUUUUGACAAAAAUUGGACUUUCCAGCAGUACAAAUAUCAAAAUUUUAGAAAUCAUUUUGUAUAAAAUUAGAAGAGAUUCUUCAUUCAGCAGUAAAUUAAGCAUCUUCAGGGAUUCUAUUCCUGAGAUUGACUGGAAAUUGGUCGAUGAAACUCCUGAGCUCGAUAAGGAAAUUGGCAAUUGCUCUGAUAACGAGAUUUGUAAUAGAAUCCAAACCCUUCAGAACGUCUGGAGCGUCAAAGAGAGUCUCUCUAGUGCACCCCAUCUUGAUAGCUUCAUUACCAGUGCUAGUGAAGAUGCAGAUCUUGAAGCAGGAGACGGAGUUGCCACCAACUUAUUUUCAAUGAAAUUUCCGUCUGUUUCAAGAAAAUCUCAAGAGAAAUUUAACUUUGAAGAGGCCAUUUCCUUUGAAUAAGAUAUAUUUCGU